AUGAGCCAGCUGCUGACAAGACUAGAUCCUGCUCGAGUCCUGGGCCUCGAAGAAGGCGACGCCCACGUCAUCCGCAACGCCGGCGGUCGAGUGACCGAUGCCCUACGCAGCAUCAUAAUCUCACAACAGCUUCUCGGAACCCGUGAAAUCAUUAUCGUGCAUCAUACUGAUUGUGGAAUGCUGACCUUCACCGACGAGGUAAUCCGCGGCAAGAUCCGCGCUGACCUGCAUCAGAAUGUGGAUCACAUUGCCUUCCUGCCGUUUGGGGAUCUGAAGCAGAGCGUUCUUGAUGAUGUGAAGUCGUUGAAGGAAAGUCCGUUGGUUUUGGAUGUCCCUAUUACGGGUUAUUUGUAUGAGGUUGAGACGGGGAAGAUUGUGAAGGUUUAG